AUGGACAAUCAGCUCAAUGAGGUGCCAUAUCAUUCAACAACGGUCACUUACGGGACGAAGGUCGCACCAUUCUCAGCCUUACGGUCCUUGUUACAAUUAGCAGAAGACGAAGGACAUAGUUUCCCACUGGCUGUGCCAGUUAUCACUCACGGCAGGUAUGUCAAUGAUAUAUUUGGUGGUGCAGAUACAAUACAAUUGCAGGAGGUCGCACAUCAACUAAAGGGCCUCUGCAUCUCGGGCGGCUUCCCACUGGCAAAAUGGCAUGCAACUCAUCUCGACAUACUCAAGACUGUCACCGACAGCGAAGACCAAGGCUCACAAAUCACCUUCGACGAUUGCGCAACCAAGAUACUCGGACUCAAAUGGCUCCCUCAAGAAGAUACCCUUGCAUUCUCAACCCGAAGCUCACGCUCGGAAGGCAGACUCACAAAACGCCUCGUCUUAUAUGAAGUGGCUCAGAUACUCGAUCCACUUGGUUUUGUAUCACUUGUCGUGAUCAAGGCCAAAAUUCUCUUGCAGGAGCUGUGGCUGCACAAGCUCCAAUGGGAUGAUCCACUGCCAUCCCAGCUCUCAGCCCGGUGGCUCAUCAUCAGAGAAGAACUCACAAGCUUGGCCAAGCUCUCAAUACCACAGUGGCUCAACACGUGGAGCGACUCGCAAGUGGAACUUCAUGGAUUCUCUGAUGCUUCUCAAUUGGCAAUGGCUGCAGUCAUAUACAUAUCCGUUCACGACUCAAACGGCGCCACGUUCUCACUUGUGGCUCCAAGACUAAGGUAG